GUCAAAGUCUGGUCAAGUAAAACAUAGUUAAGGAUCUCCUCAAAACCAAGGAUCCCAUCUGUAUCUUGCCGUGUCACAGUGGAUUGAGCGACUGUUUACCCCAGCUGCCAAAGCAAGCCCCACAAUUCGUCCAGUGUGGGCCUCCUUGUUCAGACAGGGAUUAACCACCAAGUUAAGUUAGGGGUGGCACUGUGGCAAGGUCCUCUCACUCUUCUUCACGGCUCUUUUCUGCAGCACUAUCAGAGCACCUGGACACAGAGACACACAUGAGGAAGGAGAGAUACCACGGGGAACAGAGAACUUUAAAUAUUGACAGCAGUGUUAGCAAAACUUUGGAGGGAACUUUUUUUUACACAUUGUUACUGAAACGCAGAAGAGUGGUUUGUCUCCCAUGGGAAGAGAACUUUAUACUGCUCAGCCUGACUUACUGGAUAUAUCUGAUACUUAAACCACCACUAUGACUGAAGAAGUUGGGAUUGAUUACUAUGACUACUCGGAAUGGCAAGACAACGAUCUACCUACCAAGCCUUCUACUGAAAUUAUUCUACCAUGUGACCCCACAGCGGAUGAUGGCCUCUACCACAUAUGCAUCACAGCCAUAUCUUUGGUGAUCAUGCUAAUCCUCGCACUUCUGGCAAGACAGCAGAAACUUGGGGGCAGUCUACAAGGAGUUUCAGGUUUACUCAGCCCAGUAAAUUUUCUGGACCAUACACAGCACAAAGGCCUCUCAGUGGCUGUGUUUGGGGUUCUUUUCUGCAAGCUCGUCAAAUUGGUCAUGGCCCCCAACCCACUCCCCUUUAUCAAGGACAUACAAAACAGAGAGUACUGGCUGAUCCUAGCACUGUUUUACUACCCUGCUUUGUACUACCCAUUGCUGGCCUGUGGCACUUUCCAUAACAAGGUGGGCUACGUGCUCGGCAGCUUGUUGUCAUGGACACAUUUUGGGGUCCUUGUCUGGCAGAAAGUGGACUGCCCCAAAACACCACAGAUAUAUAUUUACUAUGCCCUGUUAAGCAGCCUGCCUCAGAUUGCCUGCUUGGCCUUUCUCAGUUUCCAGUAUCCUCUACUCCUGUUCAAGGGCUUGAAAGGCACAGAGAAAAACAAUUCCUCAGAGGAUCUAGAGAGCAGCUACUACCGAGACUACUUAAAGAAGAUCCUCAAAAAAAAGAAGCUAUCUAAAGCCAGCAGUUCUAAACCCAAGAUGUCUGAAAUAAUCUCUCAUACUCUCAAGUCUUACAUUUACAUACCUGAUGAAGUUUUCAGGUUUCCACUAAAGAUAGCCAUCUCUCUAGUUGUGGAAAUCAUUGCUCUCUAUCAGAUAGCCCUCUUAAUGGUAACUGGACUAGUGCCCACUCUUCAAAAGGCCCGAAGUGGGGUGGAUGAAGACAUCACCUUCCUCCUGGCAGGAUUUAACAUUAUUCUGUCACAAGAUCGUAAAGAAGUGGUCAAGAUAGUGGUGUACUACAUGUGGUGCAUUGAGGUGUGCUAUGUUUCAGCGGUGACCCUGUCUUGUUUGGUCAAUCUGGUUAUGUUUAUGAGGUCCAUGGUGCUACACAGGUCUAAUCUAAGGGGUCUGUACCGAGGGGAAACCUACAAUGUGUACAACUACCAGAGGAACAUCAGGCCAUCCCGUCCUGCCCUGGUCUGCUGGACAGGCUACACCAGCUACCAGGCUGCUUUCAUUUGUCUCGGCACUAUCAUUCAGACUCUGGUGUUCUUCAUCUGCCUUGUGUUUGCUGUGUUCCUUGUCAUCAUUCCCAUCUUCUAUGGAAAGAACCUUGUGCUCUUCCACUUCAUUGGCAGGAUGUGGCCCUUCUGGCUGCUGCUGUUCUUGGCUGUGCUCAUCCAGCAUCUAAUGUCCAGGUUCUGGUUCAUUCAAAAAGAAGCUGGGACACGAGACCUAGCUAACAGGGGUAGCCUGUUCCUUCUGACUUACCUGCUGUUUCCAACCAAUGUCCUGGUGGGGGUGCUGUUGAGCAUCUGGAGGCUAGUAAUCACGGCUCUGUUCAACAUCAUCCACUUGGGCCGCAUGGACAUCAGCCUCCUGAACCGCAGUGUGGAGGCUUUUGACCCAGGCUACCGUUGCUAUGCUCAUUACCUGAAGAUUGAGGUUAGCCAGUCUCACCCAGUGAUGAAGGCCUUCUGUGGGUUGCUGCUGCAGUCUCAGAGGCAGGACCAAUCAUCCGGACAGGAGGCGCGGGAUGCUGAGGAAGGAAUCCACCUGGUCUCACAGGACAAAAAACGGAGCAAAGUGUCCAGUGCCAAGCUGGCACGUGGACACUGGCAUCUCCUCUACACACUGGUCAAUAACCCAUCCCUGGUGGGGUCCAGAAAACACUUUCAACGGCAGAGCUCUGAGAGCUUCAUCAACGGGACCCUCAAACAUUGCUCUAAAGGCAGCAGCAAAAAAGUGAGUGGCACCACAGAGGCCAGAGAAGGAUCGGGGAGGGCCCAGACUAAGGACUGAAACUACCGUCUACCCAUGGUCAGGCUUGUGAGGCAUCACUCUGAUUAAACUAUUUGAAGAUAGUGUUAUGUGUAGAACUGACCUGCAUUUGUCUUAAAUAGUGCCCUGUUUCCUUUGUUGGGUGUUUGAAUUUUUCUCUGUCUGUGUUAUGGAAAAUAAAUAAACAAAUAAAUAGAUAGAUAGAUAGAUAGAUAGAUAGAUGUGUGUGUGUAUAUAUGAUUGAUUGAUUAAUCAGUCAAUUAAUUAAUUAAUUAAUUAAUUAAUAUAUAAUGACAUUUAUCAAGACAUUUAGUGAGGCUCUGAACUCCCCUAUAAUUACAUGUCCAAGUUAAACUGUUUGACUGUUCGUGCUAAUAAAUCAUUUAUAAACCA